AUGGAUGGAUUGAUCGCAACCUUGAUGGACAGAGAAAGUCGACGUUCGAAAGAAGAAGAGGAAGAGCUGGACCGUAAGAUCGCUCAAAUACGGGAAAAGAACCAGAAGAUUGAGGAAAGGCAGAAGGAAAUCGACGCCGAUAGAGCGAGCCAUGCUGAUGGGCUGCAGCGCAAAACCUCAAAGCCUUCGCCUCCAAGCAGCGGCACCAACAAAACCCCGAAAGGCGAAUGGGAUCGUGAGAUAACUCCAAUGCUCCCAGGCACCAAGAAAUAUGCGACAAGUGCGAAAACUUCUUCGAAUAUUAAAGACGACCCGUCAACGGGUCAAAAUUCUCCGGCGAAAAAUAGAACAAGGAAGGAAAAAGGGAAGCGCAAAUACGCGCUAAUGAGCAUGCCAAUAUUCAAAAACUUGUCGAUAGAUCACUGCGUAAUCCCCGCUUGUGGUUUCCUCUUGUCCAGCACUCGUGAACAAAGUGGAGAAAGCGGAGCGAAAGGAGCGGCAGCAGAAGCAGCGACAGUUGAAGGAGAACAAUGCGUCGACGAGACGAAGGGCUCUCCUACAGGAGCGAAAUCCAAUGUUGAGAACGCUGCUCCAGUGGUGGCUUCUGAAGCUGUUGAAAACAAGAACGAUUCCAAAGACACGGCCGUCGAUGCGCCAGUGGAGGCGGCUGCCAAAGUCGAAUCGACGCCAGCACCGACGACGCCGAAGACUUCAGAAGCGCCCGAGGUGACCAACACACCCACCACCGCCACCACAGAAGUCGCCGCUGCGGCUCCAGCCGACGCCAAUCAGAACGUCAUCAAACUCGUCGAGGAGAAAGUGCUUCAAAUUCAGAUGUCUUGA